GUUUGUUUCAGCCUCUUAAUGGUUCAGAUGUCUGAAUGGUUAAGAGAUUUGCCUCUGAAUGGUUAAGUAUUAUACAGAGUCUGAAUGGUUAAGACCUCUUAUCUGAAUUGAUCAGACAUUUGCCUCUGAAUAGUUAAGCAAUAUACUAGCUCUUAAUGGUUCAGACCUCUUACUGGUUCAGCACUUAAUGGUUCAGACCUCUUACUGGUUCAGCACUUACCCAUUCAGAAGUUGCCAAACAGCCCCUUAUUCUCUUUGAUUUUUUUCAUAUACAGAAGAUCAAAUACAUAUUUAUACUUGUAUAUAUAUACAACGACCCAUAUAUGGCCAAGAACAGGCAUGGGAAACGAGAUUUGCACUCCUUCACAAUCCGAGGCACCAACAAAGUCGUCCGAGCUGGGGAGUGUGUGUUGAUGAGGUCGCCGGAGAACGAGGCGGUGCCGUACGUGGGGCAUGUGGAGAAGAUCGAGGCCGACGACCGGAACAACGUGAACGUGACGGUGAGGUGGUACUACCGGCCGGAGGAGACCAAGGGCGGCCGCCAACAGUUCCACGGCACCAAAGAGCUCAUGUUGUCCGACCACUACGACGUCCAGAGCGCCGACACCGUCGAGGGCAAGUGCAGGGUCCACUCCUUCGCCGCCUACACGGAGCUUCCUUGCGUGGGCCCCGAGGAUUACUACUGUCGUUUUGAGUACAAAGCCGCCGCCGGGACUUGCCUCCCCGACCGCGUCGUCGUGUAUUGCAAGUGCCAGAUGCCCUAUAAUCCAGAUGACAUCAUGAUGCAAUGCGAGGCCUGCAUGGACUGGUACCAUCCGAGGUGUGUGGACAUGUCCAUCCAACAGGCCAAACAGUUGGAUCAAUACAUUUGCACCAGUUGUGAACAUUCCAAAAAACGCCCAAACCAGCCUUCUUCUACUCUUCCUGCUUCAAUCAACAAUGACAAGGAUAGAUCGAAACGCCAGAAGAGAUAGGGUUAUCUCAGCCCGAAAGGGGCCGGGAUGCGUCGCCCCGCAGGAGUUACAAGAAAUGAUUAGUGUCUCU